GCCCUUCUUGUUUACUUCCUACUCAUCCCGCCUUCUUAAUUACUAAUGUGAUCAUGUGUUGUAUAUAAGCUGAAUGUUAAUAAUAGCUUCGUAUUGUGGUGAAAUUAGUUUGAUUAUACGAGGACAUUUUCAUUAUAUCUUUAACUGAUCGCAGGAGAAUCCAACAAAAAUGCAUCCAACAAUCUGUGUAUUUGUCAUGCUCGUAAUGGUAGGACAUUCGUUGGCCCAAAUUCCUGGGGGUUUGACCAACGCUGAUACCAACGAUGUAGCAAUCCGGAGAAUGGCUAGAAGAGCUGUUUUUGAAAUGGGUAGGGGAUAUGCGUUGAACACGAUCACAAGAGCAAGGACGCAGGUUGUUGCUGGCAUAAUGUAUCACCUUGAUUUAGAUGUUAACACGAGAAUUAGCCCUAGGAAUAUGAAGUAUUGGUCAUGUGAAGCCAAGAUGCUAGAAGUCCCGUGGUUAAAUACCCUCGAACUUGUGGAGUUUCAUUGUCGUAAACGUAGUUCAAACAUUCAAAUGAUCUCAGACUAUGCUGUUUAACCUGUCUCGUUUAGUCAUUUUUCCAUUGAUGUAUUUCUAAUUUGUGUAAAUUAUAUUUUUAGAUAAUGCCACAAAUAUAUGUGUUAUGCUGAUAAUUCAGAUAAUAAAUUGAAAAAUAUUGAA